AUGGUGCACGGCGGCAGCCAUACGCCGUCCAGCCAUCGCCUGGCAACGGGCAGCCACACGCCGGCCAGGCAGCGGACUGCCGGAGGCCAGGCAGAGGCUGCCGGAGGCAAGGCAGGCCCUGCCGGAGGCCAUGCAGGGCCUGCCGGAGGCCAGGCAGCGGCUGCCGCCGCCGGCCAUGCACAAGGCCAGCAAGCGCCUGGCGCCGGCCAGGCAGCGCCUGGGGCCAGCCAGGCAGCGCCUGGCCGCGGCCAGCCCGCGCCGGCAGGCAGCCCCGCGACGCCGACAGAGAGAGAUCCGAGAUCGUUUUGCUUACCAAACGAAAACCUUCCACCGCCGAUCGACGUAGAUCACGCCGUCGUCGGUCGGAGUUGUGGCCGAAACCUGGAAAUCGCAGAUGGGAAGAAGGGGGAACGGGGGAGAGAGGAAAGAAAAGAGUGA